GCGUUCUUAUUUAGUCCAUUCUGAAGCGCGUGCCGUUUGUGUUUCGUUCUGCGGCCGAGCUUUUAUACAUUUUGCCUAAGGUUUAUUGUCUUCCUAUUCUCCACCGUAGGGUAUUAGUUCAAAAUGUCCCACUCCGUGAGCGAUGUGUUCCUGUCAUUUCAAGAGCAUUUGGACGGCGAGCAAGACAUUCGCGAGGAAAUUCGCCUGGCAGUGCGGGACCUAGAGCAGACAGCUCGUGGCAUUCUCACCCUGCUGCAGGCCAUCCACCAGCAGGCUGGCAUUAAUACCAUUCCCGAGGUUUGUGAGAAGAGCAAGGCACAGUUUGCCACUAUCAGGGAUCAGUACCAGGUGCUCAAGUCUAAAGUGCCUGAGGGGCAGUACUACAGGUUCCAUGACCACUGGAGGUUUGUGACUCAGAGGCUGAGCUUCCUUGCAGCCCUCACAAUCUACCUGGAGGAAGAGCGUCUUGUGCAACGUGAACAGGUGGCUGACUUGCUAGGCGUGUGCAUAGAGCAAGACAAGGGCUUCCACUUGGAUCUGGAUGACUACCUGAGUGGGCUGCUCAUGCUGGCUGAUGAGCUGAGCCGCUUUGCUGUGAACAGUGUGACUGCCGGAAACUACAGCUGGCCAAUGAAAAUAUCAACAUUUGUGACCGAGAUGAAUUUGGGAUUCCGACUUCUGAACCUGAAGAACGAUAACCUUCGCAAGAAAUUUGAUGCACUGAAAUACGAUCUCAAGAAGGUGGAAGAAGUUGUCUAUGAUCUCUCAAUCCGCGGACUCAAGCCAUCAGGUGAUGCUGACUUGGUGCCCAAGAGUGGCUAAGUGUGUGUUUCUCUUUCAGACAUGGCCGUUGACUGCCUCAUCUUAUUCUGUUGUGUUUGUCAUCACAUUCUUGUUCAUUCAUUUAGUGGCAGUGGAAGCCACUGAAUAAAAAGGUGUUCAAUUUUGCUGA